CUAACACUGAAAGUUGCCGCCUCAUUAAUGUUAAAUCAACAUUCCGUUCUCUUCUCCAUAGUCGCCUUGCUAUGUAGUUGGUCUUUGAUUGGCCCAACGGCAUCGGCACAAACCUUCACCUCAGAAGAUCGUGGCUCCAUUUUAAAAUUCAUGGAUGUAUUGAUGAACUUUUUGGAUUUGGAGACGGAGAACUCAACAACGAGUGCUCCAACAACAACAACAACCGCCAUAAAUGGCACAACCAUCGAGACUACAACGUUGCCCAUCAAUGUAACCCAAUCCACAGCAACAGUUGCCACAACGACUGGCAAUGCCACCACCAUCGAUAGUUCUACCUCGAGUUCCUCAUCGUCAUCAUCUUCUUCAUCCUCCAGUUCGACGACUGCAAGCACAUCCUCGUCGACAGUGAGAACGCGAAUUUGUUUCAAACGCUUCUGCUAUAAAUUCAAAAACGAUAAGGGCUAUAUUUACUAAGUCCUUAAAACAACUAUUGUCUUUCUAACAAUAAAAAACUUGCUUUAGUUUUACCUUUGUGAAAAAAAACAGGAAUAGAAAAUAUGUAUAAAUAUAAAAUCAAAAAAAUAU